GCAGGUUACCUGGGAGCUGAUGAUCAGUUGCAAUUGGCUGCACACAAAAUCUGGUGAUGAUACUGAAUGAAGAUUGAAGGUCAUUGAGCUCAGAACGUGGCAGGUUAAAUAAAAAGAGCAAAUGUAAACCCUGAAAAGGCAAAAGUCAACUUCAACUGCUGAGAAAACUGCAGUGAAUAUGGCAGCAACAGUGAAACCAAUUACUCCCGUAACUGGUGUGGAGAUUGAACCACCUCCUGCAACUCUGGAAGUAGAAUUCCAAACCCUUUUGACACCAGAAGCGAUUCAGUUCCUGGCAGAAUUGGUUUCUACUUUUGAUGCAGAUGUCGAGGAGAUAUUUCAGCUGAGAAUUGCUAAGAAGCUGGGCUUGGAUCGUCUUGGUGGGCUUCCAGAAUUUUUGCCCCAUACUUCACAUAUCCGAGAGGAUCAAUCCUGGAAAGUUCAGCCUGUCCCACAGAGAUUGCAGAACAGGCAUGUAGACCUUGGGGAUGUGUCUCCAGCCAAUACUGAACAUUUCAUCAGGGCCUUGUGUUCUACUGCACAGGGCAUUCAGACUGAUUUUGAUGAUGGUCACUGUCCAACCUAUUUUAAUCAAAUCCAAGGACUUUUCAAUGUUUACAAGGCAGUUCAUAGCCAGUUUCCAGGUGUACCACCUAUCUCAAAGGUUCCCAUUCUAAUGCUAAGACCGAGGGCUUGGAACAUGGUCGAACACAACAUGCUGGUUAAUGGAAGGGAGGUCCCUGGCCCGCUGUUUGAUUUUGGACUACUGAUGUACCACUGUGGACGAAUCUUGUUGGAAAAUGAAUGUGGCCCUUUCUUUUAUCUGUCAAAGGUUGAAAGUCAUUUGGAGGCCAGAUUGUGGAAUAGGAUCUUUGUUUGGGUUCAAAAGAAGUUGGGUUUACCAAUUGGCUCCAUCAAAGCCACAGUCUUAGUAGAAAAUAUCUUAGCUACAUUUGAGAUGGAGGAGAUUCUCUAUGAGCUGCGAGACCAUUCUGCUGGACUGAACUGCGGAAUCUGGGAUUAUUCAGCCUCUUUUGUAAACAAAGUUGGACAUCGACGGGAGUUCCUUUUACCAGAUCGCAGUAAAUAUGUGAAUAUGGAGAAAAUGUUUUUGAAGAGCUACAUGGAUCUUCUAGUAAAGACCUGUCAUAACCGAGGUGCCUUGGCCACCGGAGGAAUGGCAGCCCUCUUACUGCCCCGGGACAAGGAAAGCUCAGAGUACCAGAGAGUCUUGGCAAUUGUCACACGUUUGAAACUGCUUGAAAUCAAUGCGGGAGUUGAUGGAUUCAUGGUGUUUGAUCUGGAGCUGAUUGAACCAAUGACAGAGCUAUUCCUAAAACAUACAAAUGGGCCCAACCAGCUACAUAUCCUGAGAGAAGAUGUGGACGUGGCUCCAAGUGAUCUGCUCACCAUGCCGUCUGGUGGGGUAACCUUGUAUGGACUGAAAUACAACAUUGGUGUUGGAAUUCUCUUCAUAGAAGCAUGGCUAAGAGGUCAAGGUCAUUUUUACUUUCGGGGUCAAGUGGAAGAUUCAGCUACUGCUGAGAUUUCCCGAUCACAGGUUUGGCAAUGGAUUCGGCAUGGAGUAAAAUUGGAGGAUGAUAACAGAAUUGUCACCAGAAACCUUGUCCAAACUCUUGGAAAGGAAAUAGAAACAGAGUUACAGGAUGUUUUGCAUCACUGCACUGACAGCUCCAACUGGCAACUGGCAGUGGCUUCCGAAAUAUUCUUUGAAAUUGUACAGAAGCGAGAUUUUCCAGAAUUCCUCACUACAUAUUUGAACUUAGAACAUGCAUUUUUAAGUGCCAACCAUUAACUGCAUUGAACAUAGUCAUAACAUUGCAAAAAAACACCUAAUUUCAGCAAAGUUUGCAUCUAAAAGUAAGUGGCCACAAACCACAUGACUAACACAUUUAGUGGGGCAAUAUUAUCUUUAUAUUCCUUGUAAAAGCAAGCAAGCCUAACUCUGAAGUUUGCACACUUAUUUAUUGAGGCUCUAACCAAUUUCCACUGCUACAGAAUUCAACACCUACUGAAUUGCAGCCACUGUGAUAGCCUUGCACUAUGUACCACCUUCAAUCUGCACUACAGCAAUUCACUAAGAAUUUCUGGGCAGCAUCUACCAAAUAUAUGCCAUCUACCAGAGGUCAAUGGUAACAAGCACUUUGGAUCACCUGGUGAAAUCUGUUUUGAAGUAGUACACUGUCCCGACUUGGAAAUGUAUUGAACUUUUGUUGCCACAGUGCAAAAUCCUUUACUUCUCAAUCUAAAGGUUUGCCACCACCUCAAGGACUACUAGGCUUGGGCUUUACCACUGAAGCCAUAACUCGAGACAAGACUUCUAGGCUCCCAUCAGCCAGGGGUUACCACCUCAGCAUCUACUCUAUCAAGUCCUCCAAGAAUGAAAUGAAAUCACAUCUCAUUUUUGAUGGGUCCAUUCUAUUCACUCUUAAAUAUAGAAGUAAAUUGACCAGUUUUUGAACCUAGAAUGUUGAAAAAUCUGCUUUUCAAUAAAUGCAGAGUGAAUGUUGCCUUGGUUUCUCUCCACCCAGUGCUGCCUCACCUGCAUUUUCUGUUUUUAUUUCAUGUCCAGCAUCUGCUUUUCAGUUUUACAAUGCAUUAGGGUAAACAACACUAUCUACAGCAUACUGUUUGUUCUUAGUUUUGUUUUUAAAAUCAAAGUGCUUGCACCAUGACCAGCAGCUAGCAAAAUUCUAAUUAGGAAUAAAAACAGAAAAAUGCCUGAAAUACACAGCACAUUUAACAGUAUUUGAAGAGACAAAAAUCAUUUGGUGUACAUUACAGCUGUAUUUUGUUCAAUUCCAACACAACAAUUUCAGACCAAUUGGAUUUAUAGACUAGCUGCUCAAGUUUCUUUCCUCACCACCCUGAAUUAUGGAUAUAAAAGGCAGAAGUAUUGUAUGAUUCUGAAGGAGAAAGGCACCAUCUACCAGAAAAAUGAGCCUGGGACUGUUAUACAUCUUGUAUUCACAAGUAUAUUGUAAGGGCCUUAUACAUUUAUAUAAAUAAUUAUCUUAAUCUGUUGCAUUGUGUUGGAAGCUUAUGUAUUCCUUAGUUAUAUUUGGAAAAAAAAUCACUUAAAUGAAUGUCUAGUGAAUAUUCUUACAGAACUAAAUUUUAUGAUGAUUGUUUGCGCAGAAAAUUCAUAUGAACUUUUAAUAAACUGGCCUAUGCACCAGUUUCUGAUUAUAGAAACCUACAGAAGUAUUCAAAACGCCCCAUCGGCUUAAGCAUAGUUAUAGCCUUAAUUUGUGUAUUAUCCUUCCAAGAUUGUUUUUUCCCCCAAAAUAACCCAUGUGUUUCUUUUUAUUCUCAAAGUUACUAAUUAUCAAAUCAAGUCUCAUAAUUCUUUUGAAAAGCACUUUCAUCUGCUCCUCGGAAAUGUUACAAGGCAUUUUUAUUUAAGGCUAAGUAGGGCAGAAAAUCUUUGAGGACUAGUUUUCAACAUAUUAAGAAGCAAUGCACUCAAUGCAGUCACCUAACAUUUCACUACUUUCCACUCAUCAUUCCUGCAUUCGCUCCGUGACUUUCAAAUGGAAGGUUUAGACUGUGCUUAGCAGCUGGUUCAGAUUAAGCUUUUUUAAAAAAAGCCACCGCGCAUUACUAUUGUAGCAGGUAAUUGUUUUGCUUUUACAACUUUACAGAAAGAUGUUUACAUUGUGGAAUUGUAAUGAAUUUAGCUUAACACUGUCAACUGCAAGAUGGUUUAAUUAGAAAAUAAACAUACAGAUUUUCAACAAUAAUAUUAAUGACUCAGAAAUAUCUUAAUGCAAGCAAAAAUUGUUUCUUCCCACCAG